AUGAGCGCAACACAAAAAAUAAAAUCGUUUAUUCAAUUCUUUAAUAUUCCUAAUUACUUCAUUGGUGGAUUUACUAUUAAUAUGGCAACAUAUUUUUGUUGGUUAAUUAUUCCAUUAUUAAUGAAAGAAAAUGGUGCGAGUUCUUUCUUAAUUGGUUUAGCAGAUGCGGUUACUUUUGGGAUUUGUGGAUUGUUAUGUCCCAUCAUUGGGUUAUUCUUAAACAAAAAAUGGUUUCCAAUAGCAGAUAUUUGUCGAAUUGGUUUUGUUUUACAAGCCAUUUCUGGAAUUUGCAUUGCUUUAUAUUAUAUUAAAGGAACACUUUUACUUCCAAUUUUCUUUAUUUUAAUACUUCAAUCAUUUGCUCUUGCAUUUUUCUGGUCAAUUUGUGAAUUUAUGUUGUCUGAAGAAGCAUAUAAAGGAGAAGUUAACAAAGUUAUUUCACGAUUUGCUUGUUCAUGGUCAUUAGGAAAGGCUAUUGGAUUUUGUGUUAGUGGACCAAUGAAAACUGCUUUUGGGAAUACAUUUUCAUUGUAUUUCUCAUCAUUCAUUUCAUUAAUCUCUUUUGUUCUUUUCCCUAGAAUGCCAAGAAAUAGAAGUGAUAUUACCCGUAGUGAAGCAAAGGCUUUAAGAAAAAAAGAAAAGAAUGUCAAAGGACAUGAUAGUGUUUCAGAUAUUUCAGUUGAUAUUGAAGAACUUAAUAACAGUAAAUCAGUUUCAUCAGACGAAAGUGAAGAACAACCAAAAUCUUCAAAUGAAAGAAAUGAAAUUAAAAAUAUUACAAAAGAAGAAAAGAAUGAGAAGAAUAACUCAUCAGAAAAAAAGAAACAACCUAAACCAACAUAUACUCCAUAUUAUUUUAUGAUGUAUUAUUUUAAUAAUCUUGUUAUUCAUUUCACUGUUUAUGGUACAAUUGCUGUAUUUGGUAACCAAUACAUUGACUUUGUUGAUGAAAAUAAUAUUGUCUUAAAUGGAGUAAAUGAUGACCCUGCUACUUUUGCUAGUGUGUUUCUUGGAAUUAUUUAUUUUAGUCAAACAAUUACCUUCUUCGUACUUGGUUUAUUCCAUCAUUGGCAAUACGUUUUAAGUCUUAAUAUUAUUGUUCAAAUAAUUAUUGCUGGAGUAAGUGUUGGAAUGGUCUUUAUUAGAAAUGGAUGGGUUUUAUGUGCAUUUGCUGUUGUUAUAGGAAUUAUUUCUGGAUAUGAACUUCAAUCAAUUGUUGUUUACUCUGUUAGUUCACCACCAAAAAAUAAAGGUAAAAUCUUAGGGUUGACUGAAUGUGUUGGAGAGUUAACAUGUUCAUUAUGUCCAUUAUUUGCUGGGCUUCUUGCCACUGCAAUGGAUGAUAGAAGGUAUGCACUCUAUCAAGGUAUUGUAUUACAAGUUGUUGGUAUUGUGCUAUGUAUUACUUUGAUGGCAGUGACAAAAAUUCUUGAAAUAAGAAGAAAGAAAAGAGUAGGAGAAGAUAUUGGUAUUGAAAUGUUAGAAGAAGGUCAAGAAAAUAGUGAGGAUCAAAAAGAAAAAACAUCUUCAGAAUUAUUUGGAGGUAGUCCUAAGACAAAACCUACACAAGUUGAAUCUGAUCAAAAAUCUGAUGUUGAAGUACCAAUGGUUAUUGUGAAAAAAGAAGAAGAAAGUGAAUCAUCUACACUCUCUUCUUCUUCUAAUAACAGUGAAGAUGAUUAA